AUGAAUACUUCCCAUCUACGUUAUCUACACGUUGCACAAGACGUUCUAAAACAAAUUGAGGAGACACAAACCGACGCGAUUGCCCAAGCCUCUGAGGUGUGCGCAAAGACAAUAGCAGAAGACGGCCUCGUUUACCUAUUCGGAUCCGGGCAUUCCCGCAUGCCGGUUGAAGAAAUUUUCCCACGUUACGGCAGUUUUCCGGGUUUCUUUCCCAUCGUUGAAUUAGCAGUUACGUUCCACAACCAAGUCGUCGGUUGCAACGGUCAGCGUCAAGCACUCUUUCUGGAAAACGUCUCAGGAUACGCAGAGGUAAUUCUACGCAAUUUUACCUUCCGUCCACAUGAUUGCAUGAUGGUGUUUUCCAAUUCCGGUACAAAUAUCCUACCUAUCGAAAUGGCGAUGGGAGCGAAAGCACAGAACCUGCCUGUCAUCGCAGUGAGUUCAAUUGCACACAGCAGCGCAUCGCCGUCAAAACACGCCUCCGGCAAACGCUUAUUUGAAGUCGCCGAUCUAACGAUCGACAAUUGUAAUCCGCCGGGAGAUGCCGUCGUAGACAUUCCGAAUUUAGCAUACCCUGUGGGACCUACGUCCAGCAUCGGCACACUUUCGAUUGUCAAUGCUAUUAAAUGCCGAGUUGCAGAACUCCUGACAGAGUGUGGGAAACCUCCUGUCGUGUUGACCGGUGCUCAUUUCCUCGGUGCGGAAGAAUCGGCGAAGCAGAUUGAGAGGGCUUAUGACGAUUAUAGAGAUCGCGUUCAAGGUCGUUAG